ACAGUCAAUGAGUGUGAGAUGAACAACGGAGGUGAAUACAUGAAGCGUGUUAAUUAUAAAUGUCAGAUCCUGCUAUGUACAGCACAUAAUUACUUUUUCUUGAAGGUGUGGUGGUUGAUGACUCAGAGAGAAGCUCAGUCAGAGUGUCCUGGCAGCCAGUGGAGGGUGCUGACUACUACAAAGUCUCAUUCAGUGCAGCAGUGGGAGAUGACCAGGAGGGACUGUGCAGAGAUGAUUCACAUUCUGCUAGUUUGACAGUUGAUGCUUAUACUGCUACUAUUGCUGUGGAGGAGGAUGUGGAAACAGAUGAGUCAUCUAUUCUCAGAGCCUACACUACCUAUUUAAUUACUGUGGAAGCAUUCUGUGAUACAGAUGACAUGGUUUCCCGGAGUACAUCUAUCAAAUUUACUACACAGCAGUUGCGGAGCCUGUCUGUUCCUCAUAACAUAACAGGCAGAGCACAAUAUUCCUCAGUCAUUUUAGUCAAAUGGAGUGGCAUCGCUCCAUGUAGACUUGUCAAUGGUGUCAUUAUAAAGUACAGAGUGCAGUACAGGGCCGAGUCUGAUAGACUAGUAAAGAGUAAAGAGGUGGCUGGAAACUGGAGCUCAGGAGCAGAGACUGAACUGAUUGGACUCACUCCCUCCACCAACUACUCAAUUGCAGUAGCUGCAGUCAAUAAUGAAGGGAUUACUGGUGUAUUUAGUGAUCCGGUUUUCAUAAAAACACUGUCAGGUCAACAUCCAUCUCGUGAAUAUGUGGUAUUCAUUAUUAUCGGUGCUUCAGUGGUCUUCGUUAUUGCCACAAUUGGAAUCUUAAUUUUUUGCCUUUCUUUAAGGUAUUAUGCUGCCACUAAGACUGGAGGUGAUACUGAUGAUAAUGUAGUCUAUGCUGUUGCUGGAACGCAACUAGAAAACAAUCCAGCCUAUGCAAUGAUAAGAGGGAGAAUAGAAAACAACCCUGCCUAUGGUAUGACUGGAAGGAGAAUGGAAGAUAACCCAGCUUAUGCUGCUAGCAGGAGAAUUGAAAGGAAUCCUGCAUACGGUGUGAAUAGAGCAAGGAUGCAACAGCCUAUUGCUCGGUUACCUCCUGGAAUGCAGCAGGAAUCUGACUAUGAACCAAUUCCCAUAUAGAGUGCCCAAAAAACUAGCAAACAGCGGUUGUCAUAAUUACAUACACGUGAACAGAACCAUAAUUGUUUGUAAACACAUACCUUUAACUCGUAACUUGUAUAUAUAUAAUGAGUGAAAAACAAAACUUACAGUGUUUGCCAAGUCAUGCACUAGAAAUACUACGAUUUAGCUACUUUUUCUCAUACUUCCCUGAAGCAAGCAUAAAUAAUGAUUUCAUAAUUAUUUUGAGUAGCCCCCACUAACAUUAAUUGAGGAAAUGUACCAAAUCAUACGAAAGUGAGUUCUGUUUACGUGAAUUGUGUUAGUUGUGAGAAUUCAGCUAAUAGCUACUUAUUAACAAUAGAAAUUACACAGUAAAAUUAUGCAUAUUUGAGAGAGAUAAAUGUGGGGAAGAAGAAACCAACUGAGUAAUCAACUGAUCUUCAGGAAAAUGUAGGCCACCCCUUAGGCUUCAAGUUUACAAAUAUCCAAAAAACUUUCACAGUACUCGAGUCAAUUAUUUCUUACUAUAAACACUUAUGUUGCUACUACAGAGAUGGUGAUGAGUAACUGAGCACCAAAAUAAGUGGUCAUGACCAGUAUCCUGCCAUGCAGUAGAACUCUCAGUUGCCAUAUGGCUCCAGCAGCUAUCAGGAUGUCGGACACGUAAAACAAGAGACCCCCAACGGCCCCAAGAACAUUGAGAAGAUUGAAAGCCUGCUGCAGCUGUAGUAUUGACGACCACAACAUAAGAGAGAUCAGGACAAAGUACGCCAGUGCAAUUGGCAUCACGA